AUGGACGGGCACACAUAAUCGACAAUCAUUGAGAGCAAACUGAUUUCCUCAUCUUGGCUUGUCAAACAAGCCCAACUGCACUUGCCAAGCGUUUUGUCUCGAUUGCCCCAUGUUCUACGCAGCAGCAGUGGCGCGGCUUUCGGUCGCUCCACGAGCACGGCAACGGCUCCUAUCAAGAUGAGCCAGAACUACCGCGAUGACAACGACCCUCGUGACGGGCGCCCACCGCGACCUCGUCAUUCUCAAUCUGCGCGUUUCGGCCAUCACCACACCGCUGAAGCACCUUUCUUCGAUCCCAAUUGGCACUGGCAAGGUUUCCAGCCGCCGCCGCCGCCCAAUAUGCCAUUCUCUAUGCCGAUGCCACAUGCGCCAUUUCCCUACGGUAUGGGGGGUAAUCAGCACUUUGGCCAUGCAUACGGUUUUAGGCCGCAGGCCCAGAGCUUCGUCCACCAACCCGCCUACCUACCGACGCAUCCCCAUCAUAUGUACCCAGGCCACAUAAACCAUCUGCCUGCUAGUCACUACCACACGGGUACCGCAACUACUGCUGGGGAGCGUGGUUAUACCGGCGAGAGAUCUCUAGGUCGGUCUGAGGAGCCGACAUCGGACAAGUUAGGGAACCAAGGCGCCGCUCCCAAGAAAGGGAGCCGCAAGAUUCACCGCCCGGCUCCUCCGCCCUCUGAAGAGUAUAAGGAGACGGUUCUGCAGAAGUCAAUCGUGAUCGAUCCACCCAACCCCUUUCUCAUCGUUUUGGAUCUCAAUGGCACCCUGAUCCACAGACCGAGUCGCAACCGGCCCACGUAUAUGAUUGCACGCCCAUUUCUUAAGCCAUUCCUUCAGUACUUAUUCGAGAACUUCCACGUUAUGGUCUGGUCCAGCGCAAUGCCAACAAACGUCAAUAAGAUCGUCAAGAAUGUUCUCGAUGAGGAGCUGCAGUCUAGGCUGGUAGCUGCCUGGGCUCGCGACACCUUUGGCCUGCCCACUGGGGAUUAUCACCAGAACGUUCAGGUCUACAAGGACCUCCGUUUGAUCUGGGACAAGGAGGAAAUUCAGAAGCACCACCCUGGUCAUCAGGCUGGUCAGCGCUUCGGACAGCACAAUACCAUACUGCUCGACGAUAGCAAACUCAAAGCGCACGCGCAGCCUCACAACCUGAUCGAGAUUCCCGAGUUUACGGCGACGAAGGAACAGAUGGGUAGCGAUAUCCUGCGGGAAGUUGCCGGAUAUCUCCAGACCGCUAGAAUGCAGAGCAACGUUUCCAACUUCAUGUUGGAGCAUCCAUUCGAGGCUGACGGACGCUGGCAGUACGACUGGCCGGAUGACCUGGCGCAAGCGGGCGAGAUGCACGACCCUGCUCAUUUGCGUGACGGUUUGACAACUGCUCCACAGCGUACUGAGGGUCAUCCCGCGGCUGGACGGGACCAAGCGUACGAGGAGAACAGUACGACUGCUCAGGACAAGGAUGAGCCGGAGGAAGAUGUGCCUAUGGAUGUGUCUGACGGAUCCAGUUGAUGGUUGUGAUAGACAGGAAUGUAUGAUCUUGCGCUGGGCGCGAUGGAUGCUGCCGGACUAGGACAGCAGUGGCGUGGUGUCGGGUAAUGGUGCUUUACAUAUGAUACCCCGGGUAUGACGGUGUUUGGGCUCGUCAGUCUACGAAGAUAGCAUAUCACAAUUCUUAAGCCGUUUCUGGAG